AUGCCAAAGUCAAAGUUAAAUGAAAGAGAAGAAAGAGAAGAAGAAAUUAUUCAAUAUAUUGACCCAGUUGAAACAAAUAUCAUACCAGCAUUUUCAACAUCCUCUGACAUAAAUUUAUCAUUUGGAUACAUCGAAACAUUCAAUUCUCUUUUCACGAGUCAUCAUCAUCACGAGGAACACAUAGUCUUUCCCUCAGUAUCCAAAAAAAUACCUAUCGGCGACUUUGUUGAAGAACACAAACAACUCAAUAAAUUUCUCCAUAGCUUGUCCAACUACACUUCAGAAGUUAAAAAUAAGAAAACGACUUAUGAACCAUCAAAAAUAGUGGACUUGAUGACGAAAAUAAGUAAACUCAUUCUUCCUCAUUUAAAAAACGAAGAAGUCACCUUUUCAGUUGAAGCUUUGCGAAAAAAUUUUACAGAGCAAGAACUUGAAAAAAUUCAAAAACAAAUCAAAGAUGCAGUUAGAAAAGAUGGCGGGUUAACUACUAUUCUCCCAUUUAUACUCUUACACUUGCCUCAAGAAGAUAGAGAUAUCAUGCUUUAUAGUAAAAUGCCUUGGUUUGUAAAAUCACUUCUUCUUCCUUAUGUAAUUGUCAGAUGGAAUCAAGGAUAUUGGAAAUAUGCAAAAUAUCAACAUCUAUAA